AUGCUGGUGUUCGUGACAUGCACUUACUUGGCGUCAAACAUGCUCAAUGUGAUCGUCUACACAUGGGAGCUGAUCGACAAGCCAUCACUUAUGUCAGAACAGUUGCGGCCGUUCUACACGCUCUCUUCUGAUCUGGUCUCUCUACUGACGGUGUUAGCUUGUGCUUGCCGUCUUCCUAUCUACAUUGCAUGCAAUGCACGAAUCCGAUGUGAAGUACUGGACGCGCUCAAUAGCUGCGUUCUCUUCAGUACCGGCAAAUAUGGCAAGGUUAGUAGUAGGUAUCAACGUAUGAAGACUAUGAGGGCAUUCGCAAUGCUAAUUGGAUGUUUCUUUUACUUUAUCGAUAUUUCACAUCUCUUCAGUGCCAUAGAAGGC